AGGCUGCUGGGACAAAUUUUUCUCGCAUUCCUCUUUUUAACACUCUUCUCUUCAAUCUCUUCGACCUUCAAAUUUAAUUUCGUCGUGAGUUGUCGAGAGUGUUGAAAAGAAGAAGAGGAAGAAGAAGAAGAAGAGGCAGAAAAACACACUAGUCGGAGAACGCUAGCUGCAAUUACCUACUACGAGACGUCGAGCAGUCCUGUGAAAUUUGCUUUAUUUUAGGUCAUUUGAGAUGAGUGGCAAGGAGUAGUAGCAAGCCCCCGCAAAGUUCAGGGAGUUAAGAUGGUGGCAGGGUUGACAGUAGCAUCGGGGGGCAGGGGAGCGGAGAGGAUUGGCGACCUGCUUGCCUUGCAGGGCCGCUGCAAGAGAGACCCGGAAGGAUACGAAAAUGAGCUCUUACUGCAGCUCCGCCACUUUGAUGCCUGCCUUUCGAUCUUCUUGCUUCAGCCAAUGACUGCGGGGUCGAACAAUUCUGCUGCAAGUGACCCUGCGGCGGCGAAAGAGCUAGCCGACAUGGCCAUGUUUUUGGCCCAUAUGACGCCUCUUUACCCUCAGCAUCUUGGGAAGUUUCCUAUGCAAUUGCUUCAGUUGUUAAAGUCUCAUGGUGCUACCAUUCAGCCCACACUACGCAGACAGUUAACACAAGCUCUUGUUCUUCUCCGUAACCGAAAAAUGAUUAGUCUGAUUGAUGCGUUGCCCGUAUUCAUGGACCUGCAACUUGGCGGUGACCGGGCUCUUAGGAAGCUUUCCUACUCGCACGUUGUCCAAGACAUCCGCCGUCUUAACAUCAAAAACAAAAACGAUCCCGUGAAUAAGCCUCUCCAAAAUAUUUUGUUCAAUUCACUUCAGGACGAAGAUGAGAAUAAGUCCAAACGCGCGCUAGCAGUGCUGGCGGAAUUGAACCGUCGCAAAGUUUGGGUGGAUGAGCGUACAUCCAAUGCGAUAUGCAAUGCUUGUUUCCACAAGUCUUCGCGGAUAAUGAUCUCCGCGCUUCGAUACCUUCUUGGUUAUGAUCAGGCUGUAGAGGAAGAAGAUGAAGAUGAAUCAAGUGAUGACGAAGACGAUGGUAAAAAGCCAGGAAUACCAGCGGUAAGCAAGGAGGAGAUUUACAAGGCCCAUAAAAAAGGUACGAAUUCUAGUAAGAAAAAGAAACAAGCUAAACUAGAAAGGGUGAUGCGGAGUUUAGCGAAGCAGCAGCGCAAUAAAUCCCGGGAAAUGGAUCACGGUUCUCAUGCUCCUCUACAGCAUGUGCACGACCCUCAAAAUUUUGCGGAGAAGUUGUUUAGGCGACUUCAAGGGUGCACAGAACGAUUUGAAAUCAAAUUGAUGAUGAUGCAAGUUAUCUCAAGGGCAGUUGGUCUUCACAAAUUGAUCCUACUCAACUUCUAUCCUUACCUUCAGCGUUAUAUCCAGCCUCAUCAACGGGAUGUAACUCAACUGCUUGCGGCAGCAGUACAAUCCUGCCAUGAUGAUGUACCCCCGGAUGCAGUAGAGUCAAUGAUUCGACAACUUGUUAACCAAUUUGUGCAUGAUCGCGCUAGGCCGGAGGUCAUGGCAGUGGGUCUGAAUGUCGUUCGUGAGAUAUGUAUGCGCAUACCAUUGAUUAUGACAAAAGAGUUGUUGACGGAUUUGGCUCUGUAUAAGAAAUCUCGGGAGAAAGCUGUUUCAGCCGCCGCUCGGUCCAUCAUAUCCGUUUAUCGUCAGGUUUUCCCAGCUCUCUUGGAUAAAAAGGAUAGGGGACGUGGUGCGGAUCUUGCUGUAAAGCCUAAAGCAUUUGGGGAGAAAGUGGUUGCAGAAGGUAUUUCAGGUAUUGAGCUGCUAGCAGAUGGUGAGAGUGGUAAUGACGAUGAUGAGGACAAUGAAGAUGAUGAGGAGAACAAUGAUGACCAAGCUAGUGACGAUGAACCCGUGGAAAGUGGCGAGGAAGAAGGUUCCGACGUGGGUGAAGACGAAGAAAUGGACCAUGACGUGGAAGCCGGGGACUCCGAUGAUGCUGGCAGUAGUGGUAUGGAAGGGCUUGAGGAUGACAGUGAUAUGGAAGAAGAAGAAGAAGAAGAAGAAGAAGAUGAUGAUGAUGAACUUGAGAAAUCUAGUAAAGGUUUACGAAAGAGAAAGAUGGAUUGUGAAGCAAAUCAAACUCAGGAAGGUGAUGCUCCUCCUGUGUCAUCACAGAAGAGGCAAAAGAUCAAAAGUUCAGAAGCAGAAGAGCCAGCAAGUACUAGUCAGAGUUUACGCCAACUGAAAAAGAUGUAUGCUUCAAAAGUUGAGCAAAAAGCAGCCAUUGAGGUUGUUAGCCGUGAUGGAGAUGGAAUCCUUUCAAAUGAAGACUUUCAGCGAAUUCGAGAACUGCAGGCUAAGCGAGCAGCAAAGGCGGCUAUGGCUGAGCAUGGUUUGAGCAAAGCUGGCAAAUUCCGGCAAGAGAUCGCAGUCAAGUUGGAUAAACAUGGGAAUCUGAAUGAGAAACGAGUCAAUCCAGCUCAUUUAGAGGCAAGAAUACGUAAGAGGCAAGAGAAGGAAGAGAGACAAGCUUCUGUAAGAGCAGGUCGGGAAGAUCGCCCUCUAUUCGGAGCCCGCACUGCUAUGAAGCAGAAGAAGACUGGAGGCACCAGCAACAAGCAGAAGGAAAAAAGCAAAGGGAUGCCUCUUGCGGCCAAGCGGGCAAUUAUCAAAAGAACAAAUAACAGAAAGAAGAUGGGGAGACGAACUGCCGAGAAGCAGUUUCGUGGCAAAAAAGCCUGGAAGUAAUCGCCUUCGUUUUUGUAAUGUUCUGCUACCAAGAGCACUCAAAACUAUAACAUGGAGCUGUUAUUUUUACUGGAUAUUUUUACGAAAUCAUUCAACUUGUUACGAGAUGAAUUCUUCUCCUGCUGUAUUUUUUUACUUUUUUAUUCACUUGGAAGGGAAUUCAGAUUUCCAAUUCCUGUGCUUCAUUUCUUCAUCUCAGAAAGAGCAGUCUUUCAUGGGGAAGAAAAACCUCAUGGAAGAAACCUCGACGGGAAGCGACUGCUAAUUAAUACAAAUUCCGUAAAAUUGUCACUAAGCGGAAAAAGGGGACUACUUGGUGUACGUACCAUUUUUCAAUUAUAAGUGACUCUUCUUUGUUAAUUUUAGGCAUUAGCAUCAGUGUAGUGAGUGUAAAAAAUUGGGUCAUUCUAAUUGUGUAUGGGAAGGCCACAGCUGGAAUUGCAGCGAUGAUAUUGCUGUUUUGUAGGGGGAGAACCGAAAUUAGUCUUCGAAUUGCCACUUUUGGAUGGCUAUUGCAGGCU